CGGCGCUUUCGUCCUUCACAUUGGUCAUGUGAAGGUUGCCGACUGUUGUUCAACAAACCAGGAAACUCGAUCUAGACCUAGAUAGUUAGCUAGUUCUAGUCGAGAUUUUUUUUUAAUUGAUAAAUUAGAUAUCUAAUAAAGAUCUAUAUCUGCCGGAAGGUAAAGAAAAUGUCUCGGCCUAAAGUAUUUGUCACAAGAAAGGUCCACCAAGAAGCAAUAGACCUUCUUAAGGAACACUGUGAUGUGGACAUGUGGGACAGUGAUGAGGCCAUACCCAAAAAUGAGCUGCUUAAAAAAGUCAAAGGAGCUGCAGCAAUUUUCUGUACAAUAAGUGAUGUCAUUGAUGCAGACGUUCUGGAUGCUGCAGGACCUCAGUUAAAAACAGUUGCUACCAUGUCAGUUGGGACUCAUCAUAUUUCUAUCUAUGAAUGUAAAAAUCGAGAUAUUUAUGUGGCCAGCACACCUGAUGUAGCGUCUGAUAGUGCUGCUGAGUUUACUGUAACAUUACUUCUGAUGGCAGCCAGAAGGUGCCUUGAAGGUGUUGAGGCUGUGGAGAAAGGUGAGUGGGGACCUUGGAAACCAAUGUGGAUUUGUGGGACUGAGAUUGUGAAUCGUACUUUAGGAAUCCUCGGGUUUGGACGUGUCGGUUUUGGUGUUGCUCGCCGCCUGAAACCUUUUGGUGUGAAGCGAAUCCUGUAUCAUGACAUGAUAAAAGCUUCGUUUGGUGAUGACCUCAAUGCGGAGUUUGUAGAUCAGGAUACUCUCUUCAGAGAGUCAGAUUUCCUUGUCAUCUCUUGCGCAUUGACUGGGCUUACUCGUAAAAUGAUUAAUAAAAAUGUCUUCAACAAAAUGAAACCCACUGCAAUUUUAGUUAAUACUUCCCGUGGUCCUGUGGUGGAUACUGAUGAUUUAGUAGAGGCUCUCCAAACUGGCAAGAUUGCAGCGGCUGCUCUGGACGUAACAGAUCCUGAGCCCUUGCCAGUUGACCAUCCUUUAGUCAGCAUGCCAAAUUGUGUCAUAACUCCACACUUGGCGACAAACUCCCACAAGGCUAGAUUUGAUAUGGCCAUGAACACAUCCAAAAAUAUUUUGGCUGUGUUGUUCAGAGUAUGAGCUUAUGAGGAAAACAUACAAAUGUUUGAAAUAUAAGCACAAUUCCCCAGGAUAUGUUUAAGAAUUGGAUGAACUGUUUAGCUGCGACAUAAAGUAUGUUUGACAAGUACAGCCUGAACUUGCUAAAUCAAAGCUAUCAAAGAGUGAAAAAUGUUGGGAUACAAAUCAGCAAGUUAAGACUGUAAUUGUUGAAGCCAUUUUUUAUGUGAUCCAAAUUAUUUAUUUGUUUUGGCUUCUUUAUGUAUGUUUGUUUUUUUCUUUGUUCAAUACUGAUCUAUAAUUCGAUGCUGUGAAGAUACUUAGUCAUUUGAUAAUAAACCUUAUGUUCUUGUA